GGGAUCGGAAACUUUCAGCUUAGCGUUAAAACAUCUAUAAAAGCACAUUUGUCUUCGUUGUUGUUGGUUUGUUACUGCACAGAAAUGUCUUCAAAAAUCCCCAGAGUUGUGCACAUCCCUGGCGAAUCUAAGAAAGUAGCUCAGAAACUCGAGGUCAAAGAAACAGCUCCAGUUUGUCCGUCAACAAAUGGCCCCAAAUCCGACAGGGUUCUUCGAGCGCAAAAGGAAAAUAUAUUAAAAAAGAAUGUGGUCACAAAAAUUCACAAAGGAGCACCGUCCCACAGGUACGGUCCACAGGCCGAGCUGAGGGACCAGAAACAGCAUUUGAUGGCUGCCAAUGAGGAUCUGCAGAAACACCUCACUGACUCGCAGCAAAGAAUAGCUGAACUAGAGCUGCAGUACGCCGGCCUAGAGAAAGAGAAUGCAGAGAUGCACAAGCAGUUGAAGUACUUUUGUGCGCUUCUUGUCGCUGCCAAAAUCGACCCGGUUUCAGGAGAGACGGUUGGAAAAGCUGCACAACAAAAUGAAGAUGAAAGAAAAGAAGUGGUGCGUGUCUCCACUGACCUUCGGAAAGAACUAAGGGCCGUUAGUGAUGCAGCAUCACAGCAGCGUGGUCAACUGGAGGAAAUCCAAAGAACAAUGGCAGAACUGACAAAGUCACAUGACUACAUGAAGCAGGAAAGGGAGACGUUUUCCUUGGAAGCUGCUGAAAUGGAAGAAGCUCUCAAAGAAGCGGAAGCUCUGCUGUUGUAAAUGUAUGUGUUUCUUUCAGGAUUAUUUUAAAGGA